AUCUGUGUUCGAGAUAAAUCAAUGAGUAAAUUGCAAAAAGUAGCACAAUUUCUUUGUACUUGCCAGAGACAAGUCAGCAUUGUUCAGAUGGCACAACACCUUGCAAAGACCCAGGGAAGUGGGACCCCUCCUGUCCCCACCCUGAUGACCCCUGACCCCCAGUUUAACCUGAAGGAGAUGGAGAUGGAGGGUGGGUAUUACCGGCAGUGUCAGCAGCUGGAGGCCGCCGACGCAAUGUCUCACCUGGAGCACAUGUGUAAACUGGACAUCGACUCGGAGCCCCACGAGGUCAGAAUGACUGGCAUCAUUUGUACCAUUGGGCCUGCUUGCCGUGAAGUCAGUAUGCUGCAGAAAAUGAUCAUCGAGGGCAUGAACAUUGCACGACUAAACUUCUCCCAUGGCACUCACGAGUACCAUGCUGGCACAAUAAAGAACAUCCGAGAGGCAAAGAACGGCUUUAGUUCUCCCCGACCUGUGGCCAUUGCCCUGGAUACCAAGGGGCCGGAGAUCAGAACCGGGCUGUUAGAAGGGGGGGCCUCUGCUGAGAUCACUCUGAAUGCUGGGGACAAAAUAAAGAUCACGACGGACGAUAAAUACAAAGAGAAGUGUAGUAAGGACGUGCUGUGGGUGGACUAUAAAAAUAUCACCAAGGUCAUGUCAGUCGGAGACAGAAUGUACAUAGACGAUGGUCUCAUCUCCGUUAUAGUCAAGGAAAUGGGUGCUGACUAUCUGAACUGUCUGGUGGAGAAUGGGGGAGACCUGGGGAGUAAGAAGGGCUGUAACCUCCCCGGGGUCGCGGUGGACCUCCCAGCAGUGUCAGAGAAAGACAAGGAGGAUCUACUGUUUGGAGUCGAACAGGGGGUAGACAUUGUGUUUGCUUCCUUCAUCAGAAGUGGACAACACAUCAAGGACAUCAGGAAGGUCUUGGGAGAGAAGGGCAAGAAUAUCAGAAUCAUCGCCAAGAUCGAGAACCAUGAAGGGGUCAAAAGAUUUGAUGAAAUUCUACAGGAAUCUAAUGGUAUAAUGGUGGCCAGAGGAGACCUGGGGAUAGAAAUCCCUCCCGAGAAAGUCUUCCUGGCUCAGAAGAUGAUGAUUGGUCGAUGUAACAGGGCGGGAAAACCUGUCAUUUGUGCUACACAGAUGUUGGAGUCAAUGGUGAAGAAACCCCGCCCAACGAGGGCGGAGUCCAGUGAUGUAGCCAAUGCCGUGUUAGACGGGGCCGACUGUGUCAUGUUGUCAGGGGAGACAGCCAAGGGAGACUACCCACUAGAAGCUGUCAAAAUGAUGCAGAAGAUCUGUAGGGAGGCGGAGUCAGCUGUUUUCCAUCAUCAGCUGUUUGAGGAGUUACGUAAGGAGACCCCCACCCCCACAGACGCCACCCACACUGUUGCCAUAGCAGCAGUAGAGGCCUCCUUCAAAUGUAUGGCAGCUGCUAUUAUUGUGAUCACAACAUCAGGAAGAUCCGCUCACCUGAUCUCUGCCUACAGACCCCGGUGUCCCAUUCUGGCCAUCACACGGAUAGAACAGACAGCCAGACAGUGUCAUCUUUUCAGGGGGAUCUUCCCCAUCCAUUAUGUGGGUAAGUACUCGUGUAGAGUCAGGGAGAAGGGGGGGUCUGAGCCCCGCGUGGAGCUUUGGACGGAUGACAUGGACAAGAGAAUCUACAAAGCUAUGGCACUCGGCCGGAAACGAAACUUCAUCAAAAAGGGGGAUUUCAUCAUUAUAGUGACAGGAUGGAAAUCAGGGUCAGGGUACACUAAUACCCUGAGGAUCAUUAAUGCCCCCGAGACAGAUGAGGGGCCCAUACUAGGGGUUCCCGUCAUUAAAGACUAUAAUGACUAACUAUAGAAUUCUGUACUUAUAUUGUGGCCCCAUGUCCCUUAAAAGGGGUAUUGUAAAGUUGAUUUUGAAAAUUGUGAGUAGGAGAAUAAAGAGAUAAGAUAUAGAAUUCAGGAAAGGAUUGUUAGAAAAAUUAAGCACUUUGAGUUUCAUGCAGAAACAGUUCAAUGAAUUUCAAACUCCACUUUAAUUUGUUAUUUAGGAUCACCCUAUAUGUUAUCUGUUAAAAUAUAAUUUAUUGCAUUUUGUCUGUGAUUUUCAUGUUUACCCAAAAGUAUAUACGUCAUAAUAAAUGAUGAAAAAAUACCCAAUAAAUACUGUUGUUUACUUAUCCAAAAAUUAUUCCUGUCUUUGAACAUGAUGAAUGAUGUAAAAAUUAUUUU